AAAAGGCCAUUUGGGUGGUGGAAACUAUCGAUUUUUCCCAAAGUCUUUAAAAUUGAUCCAAUUUGUGAAUUAGCGUUCAAUUUUUGGAUAAUAUCCAGCCAUUUUGGACCCAAUAAUAUAAAAAGUUGGGAUAUUUUCCAUGAACCCCCACAAAUUUAAGGUACAACUUUUUUUUUUCUUUUUUUUGAGGAAAAUUUAAGGUGCAACUUUGUGAGAUAUUAAUUCCAACUUAAGUUAGUUUUUUUUGGUUAACUAAAAAAAUUGUUUAGAAGGGUAAAAUGCUCUACUCAAAUUUUUUUAACCGAAACACCUCUUCCCGAUUAACAAAAAUGAACCCAGAUGCACUCAACUACAAUCUGCCAUUCUGCCCCCACAUUAACAGCGAACAAUUUCCUGUCAUUUUCUCAAUUUAGCAGUUACAUGAAGAGAACCACUAAAUAUAAAAAAGCAAAUUAAGUAGCAAAAAAAAGGGGCCAAUUUCUCCGAUUUCCACAUCUCAUUCCCAGUUUCCCACAAAUCUCACUAAUCACUAUCUCCCAGUUAUUAAAUUUCAACAAAAAAUUCUGGGUUUUGAUUUUCAGACCAUUUUCCUUUGAUUUGCAAUGCCGGGUCUCGGUUAUCAAACCGAGAUCUCUUUUGCCGGGACUUUUGUUAGCAGUGCUAUUGCUGCUUGCUUUGCUGAGUUUUGUACGUUGCCAUUAGACACUGCUAAAGUGAGGCUUCAACUCCAAAGGAAAGCUUCUUCAGCUGAUGGAGCUGUUUCAGCCAGAUAUAAAGGCAUGUUGGGUACUAUAGCGACUAUUGCAGGGGAAGAGGGUUUGCCUGCUCUCUGGAAGGGUAUUGUGCCAGGGUUGCAUCGCCAAUGUCUCUAUGGAGGCUUGAGGAUUGGCCUGUAUGAACCUUUCAAGAUGUUUAUUAUUGGAUCUUAUCUCUUUGGAGAUUUCCCUCUAAUCCAAAAUAUACUAGCUGCUCUCUUAACUGGUGCAAUUGCAAUAAUUAUUGCCAAUCCAACUGAUCUUGUUAAAAUUCGACUUCAGGCUGAAGGAAAAUUGCCACCUGGAGUGCCUAGGCGUUAUUCAGGAGCCCUGGAUGCUUAUAGUUCCAUAAUAAGACAGGAAGGGCUUUCGGCGCUAUGGACUGGGCUUGGACCCAACAUUGCCAGAAAUGCAAUCAUAAAUGCUGCUGAACUAGCCAGUUAUGAUCAAGUGAAACUGACUAUAUUGGCGAUCCCAGGAUUCACAGAUAAUGCACUUACUCACAUCCUGGCUGGUUUAGGUGCAGGGUUUUUUGCAGUCUGCAUUGGAUCUCCCGUGGAUGUGGUAAAAUCUAGAAUGAUGGGAGAUUCAACAUAUAGAAGCGCGGUUGAUUGUUUUGUCAAGACGCUGAAAACUGAGGGACCAAUUGCAUUUUAUAAAGGAUUUCUCCCAAAUUUUGGCAGAUUAGGAUCAUGGAAUGUGAUCAUGUUUUUGACAUUGGAACAAGUCAAGAAGAUAUUGCGGGGGUAGGUGACUACGCGCAGUACUACCUCCAUUUUUCUUCAUCAUCGACACAGCCAUGCCAAGAAAUGCAAAAAUUACUUCAACGAGUUUUUCAGCUGCCCCCUUGAUUUUCAUGGGAGAUUGUUAGCUAUACAGCUGCUCGCGAGAAGUUAAGAAGGAACAAGUUAAAUUCCCAUUAGUAUGCAUUGUGGCAUUGUGCUGACAGUAGUCCCAUUAAUGUAAUGUGCUACUUGUAAUUUUGCAGCUUAUAGUUAUAAUGUACUCCAAAUUCUUUUGUUAUGCUCUAUGUAUUUGUAUAACAUACCUCACUUGCCAUUUGUACUGCUAUUGAUUUUUCAAGGAAUUGCUCAUUAUAACAUCCUGUUCUUGAUUCUUCAAAAGCACUUGAUGUAUAACAAUUUAUGUGCUC